AUGGAGGUUGAUAGUGAUUAUGAUGAGUUUUCCGUUCAACCGUACAUGUAUGAGCCAGAAUUUAGCGACAGUCAGUCAGAUUUUUCUGAUUCCGACUCGGACAGCGAGGAAAGUUUUGCCGAUGCUAAAGACGACCAUCGUGUUGGGAAUACGGAUUGGUGUGCAUGUUCAAGUUACACACCAUAUCGUGUGCAGAUUGAGUGCAAAUACUGCACAGAAUACCCAGAGCUGAUGGAAAGGAUGGACGAGGCAGGGGUAAAGUGCAUAACUGAGCAUACUGGCUUCAAAGCUAAUUGUCUACAUCCAGAUGUCAUUGAAGUUUCGUUUUACGAGUUCCUGGAUGUAAAUGGUCCCAUCGGUGAUGAAAACCCAAUACAUGAGUAA